ACUGUUUAGUUUGAAACUUGGGAAAGACCAAGUCUGUAAGUCUGUUUUUACUAUCUCGCAUCUACCUCUUCGUCUAUUUAUUUAUUGUAAUUAGUCUUCUUUUGUAUUCACCGAUUAAUUGUAAUUAUCCUCAUCAUUGGUUGGUUUCAACAAUUGCUAAUUGUUUUCUCCUUUCUUUUCAUUUUCCUCUCCUUCUUUAACCUUUUUGUGUUUCUUUGAUUCUUUUUUAAAAGUGUUUCUCUUAUUUAACAGAAAAGUAUUAUUUUGUACUUUACUUGAUUACUUACACUUGGAAUUAAACCGCCAAUUUCAACAACAUCAACUUAAACAUAAUCACCAUUAAUUGUCUACUUUCAAUUGAUCUCCACGACCAUCAAACUGUCCUCUACCAACCAAGUAACCUGUGAAUCAUGAAUGACUUGAAAACAAUGCUUAGUGUUUAACAGAUUUAUAAAAGAACAAUUUUUUCUUCUUUCCGUUUUCUUUGUUUCUCUGUUACUAUCUUAAUUACCUCUUAUUGUUUCUCAAAAUAACCUGUCAAUAAUAUUAAAUUAUAUUCCCAAAAAUGCCUCGUCAAAAACAGGAUCGACCCAAACGAACGAAAUGCUCUGCAAUUGAAUCAACCUCUGAAGCCGGUCAAGAAUCGAGUACACCAGGUGAUAGAGAAAAAAUGAAUCUCGAUGAAUGUAACUCUUCAUCUUCUUCAUCAUCAACAACUUCAUCAUCGUCAAGUCGAUCUUCAUCUCCUCAACCAACAACAAUAGUAAAUUCAAUUGAAGAAGAAUCUGGUAGAGCGAUUAUCAGUGAAGACAGCCCCAAUAACAGUAGUAACCACCACCUGCAAACACCAUUAAGCCCAAUCAGGGAAGAAAGUUUUUCUCAAGAGGCAAAUCUUGAAUCAACUCCAAUGAUUACACCCCAAUCACACAAGCAAUCAUCAUCAUCACCUCCACCACCUACAUUAUUGUUACCCCAAUCUCCCUCACACAUGUCAACUGAACAAACCUCGACUGACCCAUUGACCAAUGAACAAACCGCAUUGCCAUCAUCUCCAUCAACAUCAUCAUCAAUGCCCCAAGAUUCUCGUGCAUCUUCAUCACCUCAACACUCUCAUUCUCCUUCUCUUUGUGUCGCAUCUAACGUUGACGUCAACAACGCUACUUCUAUUGAAGAAAAUGUUGCAGAUGGUACAAUGGAACCACCACCAACACUACCGUCAACAUCAAGUAAACAACCAUUGCAAUCUUGUAUAGUUCGUAAACGAAAAGUAUCAACAACUGACUCUAUGAUGGCAGCAACUGCUACAGAAAAAUCACCAACAACCACUUCCUCAUCUUCACCAACUAUUCUACCUUCAUCAGACCAAUUUGUUAAACCAUUAACCACUGAAUCCGGGAAUAUUGCAUCAACUAUAACAUCGUCAUCUACAACUUUGAAAGAUACACUUUCACUCAUAUCAAAACCUAACAUCGAUGAGAAAAUUAUCAAAGACUUGAAUCAAUCCUCGCUCAUCAACUCACUCAUUUUAAAUUCAAGAACACCUGGGUUGAUUAUGCCACCUCAAAAGCCAGUCCCACCACCACCUCCACUGUCAUUGGCCAGUGUUUCUCCGACAUCUCUCCCAUCAAACUCAUCCUCUAGCCAGCAAAAAACUCAACAACAGCCAAUCUAUGUAGCCAUUUCAACUAAUCCUCUUAUUCUGGUCCCUCUAUCGUAUAACACUGAAACUGGUGGAUUAGAUUUGUCCAUCAACAAUCCUGUCGGCAAUGUAAAGCUACCUGAAGACAUCCUUUCAAGUGCACAAUUGAAUGAUCCCUUGGCUUUUGAAAGAGCAGCUCUUCUUGGUAAUUCACUGGAAGCUCAUCGAAAUAACAAUCGUAAUAAUCCUAUCAAUGGUCUUUUCGACUCAACAAAUAUAAUCAAUGUUAAUAGUUUAACUAAUAAUAAUAUUAUUAGUAUCAAUAAUAAUACAAGUGAUAGUAAAAGUAUUAUCGACACUAGAAAUACAAUUUUGAAUAAUAUAAAUACUGAUUGUCCUCAAAUCUCUCGAAGACCUCAAUCGACUGAGGGUCCGCUUGACUUGAGUUCAAAUCAAUCAGGUGAUCAUCAUCAAGAAAAACCAGCAUUUCGUCACCAUUAUCGGCAUGAAAAUGAGUUCUCUUCCAAUUUAUCAACAUCUGCAACAACAUUAGCAUCGUACAAAGUGAAAUCUGAAGCCAAUCUAACGAUGGAAGAGUCAGAAUCGCCAGCACCAUUAAACUUGUUCAAUUCAUCUUCCAAUUUUACCAGCUUAGCCUCAUCUAGCCGUGAUAUACCUCAAUCGACAUCAUCUGUAAUUGCAGCAGCUGCUGCUGUCGCUGCCGCUGCUGCUCAGGCAUCACCAUCAUCAGGUGGAGCAACUUUACCAGUUCCUGCAGCAAGUUUACCCAGCCCUUUUGCACCCGAAGGAGUCUUCAAACAGUCAAGCUAUCAUUGUGAACAUUGUCAUAUCGGUUUUUAUAAGAAAGAAAAUUAUACAAUCCAUAAACGCCAUUAUUGUUCUGCUCGACGAACUCAAGCUGUUGCAGCUGCAGUGGCCGCGGCCGCUGCUGGAGGUUCACGUUCAGGGUCUGGUAACAAUGCACGAACUGGAAGUGAGUCUUCUCCUGAUAUGCUUGAAAGUGAAGGAUCACCUAACAGUAGUCCGGAGAUAUCUUUAGAUUCCGUUAAAGCCGAACGUCAUUCUCGUUUACCAAAUGUCAACUCUCAUCGUGGAUCAUCUCGUCGAGUCUCAGUUUCUUCUAAAACUAAUGCAUCAAACUCUUCCAACUCACCUGGUUCAUCACCACCUCAUCAACCUCUAUCACAAUAUUAUUGUGUAGCCUGUGGAAUACGUUUUACCUCCUUAGAUAAUCUUCAAGCCCAUCAAACCUAUUACUGCCUCAAACGCAACUCAGUUAACUCUUCACCCGACAAACUUCAGUACAUAGUAUCCAUUCCAGGAGGAUCUGGAAGUGAAGUAAGCUGUGUUAAAUGUAAAGCAACUUACUGCAACGAAGAAGCAUUCCUAAGUCAUGUGUGUUCAGCUAUGAAUCUAGGUGCCAUUUCAUCGUCAUCUAUUCCAAACAUAACUCCAAAUGGAUCUAAAUCAUUGACCGGUUCAGCCUCCAGUCCAAAUUUCAACACAAAUGGAAAUGAUGGACGCUGCUUUAGCGCUGGAAGUGGUCAAAGUGAAACUGAUCAACAAUGUUUUCGAUGUACAAUAUGUGGUUAUAAGGGUCAAACUUUGCAAGGGAUGCGUAUCCAUGUUCGUAUGCACAGUCAAUGUUUCCGUUGUACAAUUUGUGGCUACAAAGGUCAUACACUUCGAGGUAUGCGAACCCAUGUUCGCAUUCACCAAGAUAAAAUCCAAGGACUUCCGGAAGAAACUUUUAUUGCUUGCAUUGAAGAUGAAGCAUUGGUUGCUAAAAGUAAUCGAAAUGGACCCAGUGGACCUAAAAGACGACGUAAAAGUUUAGAAGUAUUUGGCGCUCAUAGCAAUGUUCCUCAUUUAUACGGUUUUUCAUCUUCAGUUAGUGAAAACUCGAAACCAUCCCAGUUGAUUGGUGGACUAAUGCCAUCAUUUUCAUUGGCAACUUCAGCUCCAACCACCACAUCAACGGCUAGUGGAGUUUUGUCUGUCAGUUUGGGAUCCAAUAAUAUUGGAACAAUGAGUUCGAAUGAUGUCAACUUGUCCGUAAAUAACAAUGUAAAUAAUUUAAAUAGUAGCCAUUCUGAGAUAUCAAGUGAAAAUGAUGAUGAAGCAGCAAGCAACAUUUCGGAAAAUGAAACUUCUGGUCGAGAAGAUUCUCGUCAAGGUGGAUCAGGUGAAUCUUUGCAUAAUUGUCAAUUUUGUUAUUACUCAUCAACUUACAAAGGAAACGUUGUUCGUCAUGUGAAGCUUGUCCACAAAGAUGUUAGUCGCAAUGGACCUUCCCCGACUGCCUCUUUUUCAGGCUUAAGUAAACGUGAAAUUAAUGAAGAUGCAACUGGAGGUGAUUCCAUGGGCUCUAUUAAUGACGAUUUACCAUUAGAUUUAAAAUCAAACCGAUCUAAUGGUUUAAAUGGUAAACUUAAUCGAACUGGAUCUCCCAAUAAUUCAGAAGGCUCUCCGGUUGACCAAAAUGUUGGAAAUAACGGUUCAAUCAACAACAACAAUUUAAUACGAAACAAUAAUAGCAAUAGUAAUGGUGCUAAUAAUAAUAGUAAUGCAUCAGCCCAGGCCAAAAAAGCGGUUCCCAAAUAUUGCCGUUCAUGUGACAUAUCUUUCCAAUUUUUAACUUCAUUCAUAGCUCAUAAAAAAUAUUACUGCUCUUCCCAUUCAAAUGAGACCAAUGUUAUUCAAUCUCUUCCUGAAAGCAAAUCACCAGUCUAGUCAUCAUCUUCAUCAUUGGCUCACACCGCCAUUUUCCUCAACUCUAACAUUGCCAACAGCAAACAGAGAGAAAAUUCACAAAUUUGUUUCUCCUCUCAAAUGUUAACCCUUUUUUUGCUCUCAUAUUUAUCACUCACACUUUUCCUCACUGUGUUGACAAUUAACUUUAUCUCAUCAUCUUCUGCAAAUUACCAUCUCUACCUUUUAAGUCAUCUCAGUGUGAUUUUUAACAGUAACAAAAGAGAACAAAUUCAUCGAUAGCCAUUGAAGAAACGAAGACAAGAUUUAUUAAUUGGACACUGAAAUCGAUUGAAUACAAUUUGAUAUUCAAACUCAAUUCAAACGAUGGUACAAAAUUCAAGAAAAAUAUUCAAGAAGGAUUCAAAUGGUGACCGCUACCAUUCAAAACGUUUUUUAUUUCAACAAAAGCAGAGAGUAUCAAUCAUGUUGAUACUUAUUACAUUAUCCCAGUGUGUUGAUGAAAAUUGUAACAUGGCAAUUAUAAAUAUCUGCACACUAUUAGCAAUUAUACCGAGAAAAAUUCGAAUAAUCAAGGUUAUUGAUUUGAUUAUGAUCGACCAAGGAUAUUAUCACUUGGGCGAUUCAAACGUGUUGAUUAGAGUUUUGGCAAUUGUUAAUUCCUAACUAAUUAAGCAUAAAAUGUACAAUCAACUUAGACGUCAAUGAUUCCUUAAUGAAUGCUAAUAAACAUCUCACCAUUAGUAUAAAUCAUUGUACUAAUGUCUUUGCAGUACACACGGCGGGGAGAAAGUUUCUAGCUUUUAAAACUACCUUUCAGAUGCGUAAAUGACCGCUUCGUUUACUCUCUACGCACUUCCCACUCUGUAUAACACUUUUCCUGCUGUUGCUCAAAGAAAUGGAAUCAAUAUUUAUCCUGAAAAAAUGGUGAACUGAUUGUUAUGGACUAAAUUAAUUUUGUCAUCACUAAAAAGCUUGAUAAUCAUCUUGACCAUAAUUUAUCCCACCUGAAAUGGAUAGUGUUCAUUUAUGGAAUGAAUGAAUUUAUAAAUGAUUAGCAUCUUGGUCUUUUCCUACCUCACUUUGAGUCCAUCUUGUUACCUGGUCAUUAUAAUCAGCAUCCUUAAAUACACAAUACAAUAUAUACCGUAGUUAACAAAUUGUGGUCACAACUUACAAUCUCUGAUGGUUGCUUAAAAUUAACAAACGGAACAGAAUGUUGUCUAAUUUUAAUCAUAACCAUGCUUUUUUGUUUUGUUCAAUAUUUUCAAUCUUGUCUUUUUUUCUUCUCUUUUUACUUCUCUUUUGUGAAUCAUUUGUAUCUCACAAUCCUUUUUUUGUUUUGCUUUAUUCAUUAUCAUUCAUUAUUUUUGCCUUGAAUCGUCGCAACUCACUGUUAUUGUCAUUAUUUUGAUCAAAAUGAAGAUCAUUUCUGAUUGUAAAAUAUUCACAAAUUUAAAUAACAAAUUGUACUUGUUAGCAUGGCCACAUUUUCCCACUACUAACUCAUUUACUUCAACCUCUCAUCCUCUUCUUUCCCUCAAGAUGUAACAUGAUCUAUCUGCAUAUAAACUGUUAAAAUGCACAACGAUAA